AUGCGCUUCACCACUUUCCUCACCGCUGCGACCUUCUCCAGCAUCGUCUUCGCCGCAACCCUCAAGCGCGACCCCCAACAAGAAGUAACCGACAUCCUCGAAGCGCUCCGAGAAAACAACCCCGACGACGCCGAAGCCGCCGCAACAGCCAUGAGCGUGAAGCUGCGUCGCCGCUCCCAAGACGACGUAGCCUCCAUCCUCGCCGCGCUCGCAGCCAACAGCCCGGACGACGCUGCGGCUGCUGAACAGGGUACGGGCACGGGCACUACUGCUGCUAGUAGUUCGGAUCUGCAGGCGAGAGAUUCACAGGCCGAUGUGGAUGCUGUUCUCGAGGCGCUUGCGGGGAAUAAUCCCGAGGAUGCGCAGGCGGCGAGGCAGUCGGUUGGGAAGAGACAAGGUGAUUUGAGUGCGAUUUUGGAGGCGUUGCAGGAGAGUAGUCCUGAGGAUGCGGAUGCGGCGAAGAGCUUGAGUUAG